AUGUAUUUACUUAGACAGGGUCUGCCACUACGUGGAUAUUCUGAAGAAGAAAGCAGCCUUUUUCAAUUAAUUAAAUUGAGAAGCCAAGAUAUUAGUGGACUAAAACAAUGGAUUGAAAAUGGAAAAUAUUUAUCUCAUGAUAUAGUUAAUGAAAUUGCUAAAGAAAUACCACUAACAAUAGUUAGAAAUCCAAUUACACAGGCAUCUAUAAUUGAUGUUCUUGUAAGAUGUGGUGUAGAUGUUAGUAAUUGCCAAGGUCAAGGAUAUGAUGAAGCUGCAAAUACGAGCGGUGUACAUGAAGAAGUAGCUGCAUUAUUGUUCAAAAAACAAAAGAAAGCAUAUACGAGUGCUGCGGUACGGCAUCGUCGACUGAAUAAAAUGAGAAAAGACUUGCAACAAGAAAUUUUUACAUUACCUAUUGAAGAAAAAAUCAGGAAAAUUCGACCAACUAAAAGAUUAAAGAAUUACUCCUCAUCCAGUAGACUCAACACUCAAAAAAGUUUAAAUAGUUUUCCGUCCAGUAGUUUAACAGAAACAAUGUCAACGUCGAUAAUUGAAUUCGAUUUAAUUAAAAUAGAGAAAAGUGCAAAAUCAUCUAACGAAGAAAAUGAAUCGAUCAAAUCAUAUCAACAACAAGAUCCUAAUGAAAAUAUAUCCGCUGUUGGAAAUCAAUCAAGAUCCCGACGUUCUUCUACUACUGUUUCUACACUAACAAAAUCAUCAAAAGUUCCAAAAAACAUUGAGAAUAAUGAACCGAAUAAAUCAUCAACAUCUCAUUACCAAGAGAGCGAAUUUGUUUCUACAUCACCAACUAGAAUACAUGUUGUAAAAUUGCCAAGAAACAAAGUAUCACCGUCGUUCGAAACUGGUGUCAAUACUCUUUUUUCCAGUCAAAUUCCAUCGACAGAAAUAAAUCGAAAUGUUCUGGUCAAAACAAUUAGCGCCCGCAGUAAAGAAGCCUGUCAUACGAGCCGUACGAAUACUAAAGUC